UUCCUUCGUGGCUGUGAAAAUCCAACAAUUCGACAGUUGGCGAUUUCAUCCACUUGCAAGCGGCCGUUUCUUUGCUGCUAGUCACAUUCAAUUAUACGAGAAUAUGGACUUUGAUCGCACCCUGGAUAAGUGCGGACAGUUUGGGCGAUUUCAAAUUGUGAUACUUUUACUCUAUGGUUAUACAAAUAUACUUGGGUCUUUGCAUUAUUUCUCUCAGACACUUAUUACGUUCACCCCAGAGCAUUGGUGCGCACACGAUGAUCUGAAAGAUCUGACGAUGGAUGAGUUACGCCUAGUAUACUUUAAUAUAUCGGCUUCGUCGUGCACCAUUUUGGAUAGGGUGGUCAAUGGAACUGGAAUAGCAGCCAAAGAUGCCAAAUGCACUGAUUGGAUAUUCGAUUAUGAAAGUGACUACAAAAGCAUCACAACUGAAUUGAAAUGGGUGUGCGAUCAAGCUCAUUUGCCAGCUGUGGGUCAGUCGUUCUUCUUCAUGGGCUCUGUGGUAGGGACGAUAGUAUUUGGUUUCCUCUCGGAUCACAUUGGACGUUUGCCCGCUCUUCUGAUGUCAACCAUGUCAGGAGCUCUGGGAGAUUUCAUCACGUCUUUUGUCCAAACAUUACCCUGGUUUGCCGUUUCUAGGUUUAUCUCAGGACUCUCCACAGAUACCAUGUACUAUUUGAUGUAUAUUUUGGUGUUCGAGUACCUUAGUCCCAAGCGCCGCACCUUUGGUCUUAACAUCAUACUUGCUGUCUUCUAUUGCUUUGGUCUAAUGACUUCACCAUGGGCUGCCAUUUGGAUUGGCAAUUGGCGUCAGUAUCUAUGGUUAGCUUCUCUGCCAGCUCUUGGUGUCCUAGCGUAUCCUUUGUUAAUCUGUGAAAGUGCCCAAUGGCUGUUGACCAAGAAGAAAUACGAUCGGGCCGUAGACUGCCUCAAGAAGGUCGCCAAGUUCAAUGGUCGCAAAGUGGAAGAUUCGGUUUUCGAUGAGUUCGUUAAACAUUAUCGCGACAAGAUGAACGAGGAGGAGAAGAUAACCAAGCAAGUGGACACAUUCAUGGGCAUGUUCCGGACACCACGUUUACGUCGCUUCACACUGACUUUGCUGUUAAAAUCAGUAAUCAUUACACUCUCCUGUGAUGUGAUCAAUAGGAAUAUGGAGGGUCUGGGUACUUCUCCCUUUAAACUCUUCUCUUUCACCUCAAUUGUUUAUUUGCCAGCUGGAAUGACUAUUCUCCUGCUUCAAAAUCACAUUGGACGAAAGGGAAUGGCUUGUGGGGCACUCUUUGUGGGUGCCAUUAUAACCACAGUCACUGGCUUUCUAAUAGCCUUAUUCGAUCCUAAGGAUAAUGCUGUACUACUGGCCAUAAUGGUGGGACUGGGUCGCUUUGCCACCACUGUUUCCUUUGAUGCUGAGAUUCAAUAUGCAGCCGAGAUUAUUCCAACUAGUGUGCGAGGGAGAGCUGUCUCCAAUGUCCAUGUGAUUGGUUUGGCUUCCAGCGCAUUCUCUUUUUAUGUGAUCUAUUUGGCCCAAUUCUAUAAGCCAUUGCCAUCUAUAUUUAUAGGAACUUUAAUGUUCUUAGGAGCCUUGCUAUGUCUUACUUUGCCCGAGACUUUGGAUAAAAAACUUCCGGAAAAUUUGGCUGAAGGUGAAAAUUUUGCUCUGAAUGAGGGCUGCCUCUACUUUCCCUGUUUAAAUCGAAAACAAGUAACUUCAGAUUGAUUUUAAUUUUUGUGAAUAAAUGACAAAUUUAU